AUGGGCUGCAGCCCCAAUGAUGAUGCGCAUCCGACUCGGGGGCUGAGAGGAGCAUGCAAGUUCUCCUUAAACCAGCAUCGUCUGACAGUUGAUACCAACCUGGAGCUGAGUGAGGGAGGAUUUGGACAAGUCGCGGUGGCCCAUUUUCACAUUUCUCUCUCUCUCUCUCUCUCUCUCGCCAAGUACCAGCUCGACCCUUGCUUCCGGACUCAUCAUCGCUGCUGCCAUUCGUCCCUUUGCCAACCCCUUCUACCAGUCACCCCUCGGUCUGAGCCUGUGACAACAGCGCUCCUCUCGUCAUCCAGCCUCCCAGCUAGCCAUAACUGUGUCCCAGAUGACCUGGAUACCAUCGUCACCUUGGCCUUAGUUUGA